UAACUUGGCUGUGAUAUUAACUAUCAACCAAAACCGCAAAGAAGUUCAAGGGACUGGUACGAGAAAUUUAGUUUACGCGCGCGAUGGCGCGAUUAUAAUAUUGACCAUUGAGUUAAUUAAAAUCACUUUAACUAAUAAAACAUGGCAUCGAAGUCUCUAUAUUUUGCAAAGGAAAACUCCAUACCGCUCUCAACUGGACGCGUUUUGCGAUCAGAACUCCGAAAGAGCUUUGUUACGGUAGAAUAUGAGAAAGUGGAAAAGAGCAUUGAGUUGAAUAAUGAGCCAAAGCAAUCGAAUUCGUCAACGGGUGAUGGAGAAAGUGUACAAUCUGAUGUGGACAAUAUCAAACCACCUGCAACAAAGCGUCCGAAAAGAGAAUCAAAAAAUACCGAAGUGAAGAUGGUAAACAAUGACAACUGGGCGCCAAAUAAUUGGAGAGAACAGCUAGUUAAUAUAAGGGAAAUGAGACGAAAACGGGACGCCGCUGUGGACCAUCAAGGCUGUGAACGCACAGCUGACGACAAAGCUCCACCAGAGGUUCAAAGAUAUCAAAUCUUAAUUUCGCUAAUGUUGUCAAGUCAAACGAAAGACCAAGUGACAUACGAAGCGAUGCGAAGGUUAAAAAAGAACAACCUUACCAUUGACAAUGUUCUUAAAAUGACAGAAGAAAAAAUUGGCGAACUGAUUAAACCAGUUGGGUUUUGGAAAAAAAAGGCUGGUUACAUAAAAAGAGCAACGGAGAUAUGUCACGCCGAAUAUGCUGACGAUAUCCCACCUACCGUUGAAGAACUUAUUAAGCUACCUGGAGUGGGGCCGAAGAUGGCGUAUAUUACUAUGAAUGUGGCCUGGAAUAAGUUAUCUGGCAUAGGAGUGGACACUCAUGUACAUAGAAUAUCAAAUAGAUUAGGAUGGGUGAAGAAAACCACAACUAUUCCGGAGAAAACAAGAAUUGCUUUAGAAAGUUGGCUGCCCAGAGAAUUGUGGAGCGAGGUGAAUGUUCUAUUGGUUGGCUUUGGUCAGCAAAUCUGUUUACCUAUCAAACCGUUAUGUGCCAAAUGCUUGAAUAAGGAAAUUUGCCCUUAUGGGAAAAGCAUUAAAACAAAAUUGAAAUAGGAGUUGAAUGAACUCAGGAUUUUCCAACUAUUUAAAUUGCAAUUGUUCAUGUUAUUGGCUUAGUUGUUAUCAGUCAGUCAAUGCUGUUUGUUUUGUUCAGAUUUUUGGAUGUUCUUUUACUAUGAACAAAUACUCCCACAAGAAAAACUGACAAGUGACAAAAUAUUUGAAUUGAAGUAAAAUGUUUAAGAAGCUUUGCUAUGAUUAUGUUUACAAUCACAACCAUUGAUUAGCUUUGCUUACCCUAUGCAACUAUGUCUGUGUUAAAAAAUCAGAGAUAUUUAGAGAAAUAAACAAUGGUAAUGUUUUGAUAUUUACAUAACUUGACUAACACUACCCUUGCAGGCUUGCUAUGGCCUGGUAAACACAGAUGAAACAACAUUAAGAAGAUUAAACAACACUUUUCAUAUUUUAACAUUGCUGCAUUGUUAAAUCUAUUCAAUGUUCUGUACAUCACUGCAUGUUCAUUUCAUGUUCACAGAGUUAUAUCAUUGACAUUAGUAACCUUGAAAUCCAGUAACAUCUGACCCAAUGCUUUUCCCUAAACAUGAAGUUGAAAAUGAAAAAGAAGAAACAAUCUGUGAAAUGAUAUCUGUGUUGAUUAUUCUAUCUAUUUUUAGUAUAUUUAACAUAUAGUAGACAUAAGACACUUAGGACUGUCACCAACUGUGAGAUGCCACACAAGUAACAUCCACUUGAACAUUCUACCAAGGUUGGUCUAGACUGACUAUCAAAAACAAAAUAACAAUUGCAUGAUGUUUGGCAACUGUCCCGUUAAAUUCAUAGGCUGUGAGUGCCACACAUGAAAAUCACAUCAAUUUACACAUGUAAAUUACCUGUGGGUCACUUCUCAAAGAUGCCAUGCCUCCUCCACCAAGAGCAUUCUUCAGCACGAAAUUGAAGGCAUUGAUGCCUGGAAGCUCAAAACUAAAAGAAAAAUGAAUGUCAUGAUGGUAAUAUAUGGCUACAUUCAAUGCAAACAAUUCAAACCACAUAAUUUCCACAUCUUCAUGUGACAUUACCGCUGAACUUGGCACGUGUUUAAGUCAUGCGCUUCGAACAAGUGCUUGAAAUAUUCUUGAACAGCGUCAGGAGUCAGCGCAGCCCGGAUGUAAGGAAAAUACGAUGGAUGACGGGCGAUCACACCUAAUACAUGGAAGAAUGCAUAGACAAUUUCAUGUUAUCGAGCACCUAAGCUCUUUACAUUUAACUCGACUAAUACUGGCGCAAUAAACUGUACGGAGAUUGAAAAUGAAGGGGAAAAUAUCCAUCUCGAAGACUUAAGAAAAUAUGACUUUGCUAUCGUCCAAUCAGGAUUCAUGACGGUGACUGGCCAUUUUCAUUUAAAGAGAUCAUUGAAAUCUUUUAAGAAGUUGCUAUUCUCUGAAUAUCGCCAUAUAUACACACAUAUUUUUAUGUUUGUUUAAAGGAAAAAGUAACGCAACUACACUUUCAUUCCGACAAGCCUGAAAGUCUAUUCGUCGUGAUAAAAGUGUAGUUGUUUUACUUUUUUUAAACAAAUAUACUUCUAUGUACUGAGCACCCUACAACGGAAACAUCAUAAUCAAAAUUGCCUACAUAUAUACUAUAUACACAAUAAAGUACCAUUCCAAGAAA